AUGGGCUUUGAAGUAAUUGUAAGAACUUCAAAGAAAGGAGAUGAUGGAGAGGUAAGAUUUGCGACAGUGACUUGUUCUCGUAGUGGGAAGUCGAGCAAUAACUCUAGAAAUGCCUUUAAAAUGCAUCUCGUGACAAAAACUGAUUGUAAGGCUCGGAUUGGUGCAUCGGUACGUUCUGACGGAAAAUGGCAGAUAUGUUCAGUAGUCUUUGAUCAUAACCAUGAACUCAGUAGUCCUGCCAAAACUAGAUUUUUCAAGAGCAAUCGCGUAAUACAACCGCAUGUGAAAAGGAAGCUGGAGGUGAAUGAUAGGGCUGGGAUUAGGCCAAAUAAAAACUUUCAUUCCUUAUUAGUUGAAGCAGGCGGUGCUGAGAAUUUGCCUUUCCUACAGAAAGAUUGUAGAAACUACAUUGAAAAAGUUAGGAGGCUCCGACUUGGUGUUGGAGAUGCUUCUGCAAUCCAAACAUAUUUGAAAAUGCAAAAUGAGAAUUCAAAUUUCUUCUACACCAUGGAUUUAGAUGAAGAAGGUCGAUUAAAAAAUGUUUUAUGGGUGGAUGCAAGAAGUAGGGCCGCAUUUAAAGAAUUUGGUGAUGUUGUAACAUUCGACACGACAUAUUUGACCAAUAAGUAUGAUAUGCCGUUUGCUUGUUUUGUUGGUGUUGAUCAUCAUGGCCACUCAAUAUUGUUAGGUUGUGGGUUAGUCUUCAACGAGGACACACAAACAUUUGUAUGACUUUUUCAAUCUUGGCUCGCAUGUAUGUUGAAUUGUGCCCCUAAGGCAAUAAUCACUGAUCAAGAUAAGGCAAUGCAAAAUGCAAUCGAGAUUGUGUUCCCUAAUAUACGACAUAGAUGGUGUUUGUGGCAUAUAAUGAAGAAAUUGCUUGAAAAGUUAAGAGGUUAUGGCCAAUAUGAACAUAUUAAGUUUUCUUUGCAGAAUGUCGUGUAUGAUUCAUUGACACGUGAGGUGUUUGAUGAAUGCUGGAAUAGAUUCAUUGAUAAAUACAACCUUCACGAUAAUGGUUGGUUACUUGGAUUGUAUAAUGAAAGACGACUUUGGGUGCCGGCUUUUGUAAAAGAUACUUUCUGGGCAGGUAUGUCUACUACUCAACGUAGUGAAAGCAUGCAUGCAUUCUUUGAUGGAUAUGUUAAUUCAAAAACCACUUUAAAACAGUUUGUGAAACAAUAUGAAAAUGCAUUGCGUGAUAAAGUGGAAAAAGAAAGGGAGGCUGAUUUUAAAUCUUUCACAUCAUGGAUCCCUUGCAUAAGCACUUAUGCUAUUGAGAAACAAUUUCAAGAUGCAUAUACCAUUGGGAAAUUUAAAGAGUUUCAACAAGAGGUUGCUGGUAAGCUCUAUUGUGAUUUAUGUUCUUCCAAAGAGAUUGAUUCUUAUACGGAAUUUAUAGUAGAAGAAGAUGUUGUGGUUGGAGAGACUCGCCGUCGUGAUCCUUUUGUUGUUUGCUUUGAUGAAGCAUCUUGCGAUAUUCGUUGCAACUGUCGAUUGUUUGAGUUUAGAGGAAUUUUGUGUCGACAUGCAAUUGUAGUGUUGACGCGUAAGCAAAUUUCCCAAGUACCAAAAAAAUACAUUUUAAGGCAGUGGAGGAAAAAUAUAAUCAGAUGGCAUACCAAGGUUAAGAUAAGUUAUAAUAGUUGGAGCACUAAUGUUGAAGGAAAACGAUUUGAUCAUUUGUGUAAUUCGUUCACUAAGGUAGCAGAUUUGGCAUCAAGUAAUGAGGAUGAUUGUAAUAUGGUGAUGCAAAUGAUCAAUGAUAUGGAGAACAAAUUGAUGUCGCAUCAAAGUGUUGGUGAGAUUGAUAAAGGACUAAACAAGUCAUCUAAUAGUACAACAAAUUGUGAAGCUGUUGGCGGUACUUCCAAAGAGGGUAGCAGUAAUAUUCUUACUCCACGGGUUGUUCGUAGCAAAGGGCGUCCGCCAUUCAAAAGAAAACAGUCGAAGGUUGAACAAAUUGUUCGUAAAGCCAAAAAUAAGAAAUUGCGAAAGUUGGAAAUUGCUAUGAGUUCUAAUCCUAAUCUCAUACUUGGAUUUAAUGAAGCAUCUCAGGGAUCAAAAGAACAUAAAGAUCAGGAAGUUGGAUGUUCAUUUUCAUCAGCUGAAGGGCAUCAACUCCAUUGA